ACUGACAAAAUUCGUUGAUAUUCCUCGAUUUUGAUGUUCGGUUUAAUAUUACUGGCUAGUUAGCCCUCACAGCGCUAAACAAAUAAUUUUAACCGAAUCAUCAAUAAAUUUUCUACAAGAUUGGCUUGUACUUACUGUUCAUUCAUCGUAUACUAUUAACUUUCCAGUGCUCCUGCCUUUGACCCAACAGCAACAACAAUCUUUGUCGGGUUGCAAGAAAUGUAAACAACAAACAGAAACGCACGUACAUAUAUGUUUAGAAUGCGGACUAGCUACAAGAAGCAUCGACCCUUCGAUUUUAAACUAAUUGAUCUCGUUGAGCCCCAGUCGGUGCUUUACAAGCGCUCGGGUCUCUCGAACUACGAUGUCAUGAAGGCCAAAACGGAGAUUUGGGCGCAAAUAGCAAAGAUCAUGGGCUGCGAUGUUGACUUUUGCCUGAUGCGCUGGAAUAAUCUGCACUACCAGUUUCGCAAGGAAUUCCGGCGGGCGGACACCAAGGGCUCCAGUUGGCCGUACCUUGAACGCCUGAGCUUUCUGGCAAAUAUCCGACCGAGCAGCGCGAGGAGCAAGGCCAAGGCCACUGCAGAGGCCAUGGCCACACCAUCGCCAGACGAUCCGAUGUCCACGCAAGCCAAUGAUGCGCCAAUAGUCGAGUGGGAGGAGUACAAAGAUGGCAGCGGCAUGCAGCUCGAAAAUGCGUUCAUAAUCGAAGAGAUUAUUGAGGAAGGGGAGGCCGGCGAUGAAAUCAUCUAUGAAGAUAUGGAGGAGCAGAAUCCGCCCACCAGCAGCACUGAGAGGAAAGUCGCCCCCAUUUGCCCAAGCAGCUAUUUCCUCAAAAUGGACGAAGUACUCGAGCAGCUCAAGGAGCCGCAGCGCCAGCGCGCUGAGCGGCGGAUCAUGGCCUUUCUUCUGAAGUGUCAGCUCCGCGCAUUGCACAAUCAGCCCGUGGAUGAUUUGGUUAUUUAGUUUAUAAGCUUGCUACACACUCUCAACUAUAUCAAAAAAAAAGAAAGAAAACAAACAGAAAACACUAAAAUUACA